AGCCAGCCGAUGGGUGGGUGGUUUCGCUUCGCAUUCACCGCUUCGUUUCCUUCGUUUCAACAUGCUUGCCAGCUAGCUAUUCAUGACAUGCUGCGUGUGCAUGUGUCAUGUGUGUGUCAUCUACCUCAUCCAUCGUACUACGUCGUGUGUGGCGGCCCUCUUGCCUUCCUUGUUGUGCUCACGAAUGGCAGCACAGCACAGCACAGCACCAGGCAGGCAGAGAGAGCCCAUCUCACAGCGGUGCAUUCCCGCUGUGUGCCGACUUUUUCGGUCUCAUUCGAUGAUGGAGUGUUUUUGGUGUCGAGAGCACAGCACAGCACCCGCGCCGCGCCGCGCCCGACAGACAGACAGACAGACAGACAGACAGACAACGGAAGCACGUGGAGCGAGUUUUUCCAUUCCACCUGCUGCCCUGCAUGAACCGAAUCGAAUCGAUGAGCCGAUCUGAAUGUAUAAAGAACGUUUGGCUUGACGAGUUUUUCAUGCCAUCCAUCCAUCAUGCGUCGUGUUGGUGUGUGGUGCAUGUGUGUGUGUGUGUGUGUGUGUGUGCCCGGCUAGGCUACCUGGUGUCGAGAAGAGACACAAACAGCCGUGUACGCUGUGUGGCUGGGAAAGAGGGAAGGGAGUUGUAUGGGGUGGGUGAGCUUCUGGAGCGGAGGGACUGUCUGUCUGUGGGGUGUGCGUGUGCGUGGGAUCAGCCAGCCAUCGAUCCCUUCACUCACUCAUACGCCUGGCUGCCUCACCCACCUGGCUGUGAUUGACGUGACGCGUGCAGCUAGAAGUCUUUGUGUCGGUCAUCCAUCAGUCAAUCGGCAAAUCGGCAACUGCCUACCUACCUGCUUGCUUCACACACACGGAAAAGAUUGUUACACUCACUCAUUCACUUACUCUCCUCGUAAUUGUGAGAGGAAAGGUGCCUCUCGACUGACUGGAACGAUUGACUGACAUGGGCGCUGCCUGCCUGCCUGCCUGCCUGCCUGUGGAUCGAUCAGCAUUGCAAGCAUCAGUCAGUCACGGCAAGGCGAUGCAUGGUCUGUCUAUCUACGAGUGUAUGGCUGUGGUUUGAGAGAGAGCGGGGGAGGAGCCGACUGACCUGGCCUAGCUGCUCACGUGCGUCUGCUUGCGUGUUGACAGGUGACUUGAAGAUUGCAAUGAUAUGCAGUUGUGUGCAUCUGUGUGUGUGACUGAGUGACAGCGCGGCGUGAGCCAUUUCGUGAAGCUCAUCACUGUGGGGCGGUGGGUAGCUUGUCGAUUGGUACGGACACAUGCCUAUUGCGUAUGCCUACAGACGUGGUUUCCUCAACGCGCGUACCAUCGUGGAACGGGGCCCUGGAAAACCAGAACCAGCGGCAGAUUGCUGCAUCUCUUGACGAACCAUUCCCCUCCCCGACAAGCAGAAUGGGACGGCUGCGUGACAGCAGUGACAGCUAUGCGGUGCGGAUUUUGCUGUGCGAGGUCGCCAACACGGUGCUGGACGAGGGCCUCCGCGAGUGUCUGGCAGAGAUCCUCCCGCAGUCGGAAAUUGACCAGAUCUACAGGUCGGUCGCAGAAAGAGCCGGAGAUGAACCACACACGCCAAAGAAAGAAGCACCAAUCUAUCCAUCGCCUGAUCUGAUUGAAUGCGCUUCUCUGUCUGCUCUCUAUUGAUUGUCCUAUGGAUCCCUCUUCGUCCAGGUUUCGGUUUGAUGCCGACAGGAGGAUGGCGCUGGCCAGCCGAGUGCUGGCGCGGCACGUCAUAGCCGACGAGGGAGGCUCCGACACCGACAUGCUCGCCAUCGACAUCGAGCGCUCCAAGAAGGCUGGCAACAGACCCAUCUGGGUGGGGUGGGGUGGGCCUGCACUGCACAUCGGUAGCUGGACAGGCAGCAUUCAUUGCGCGUGGUCUGUCUGUGUACGUCUGUGUGUGCAGAAGCCCUCAUCGCCCAAGGACCGAUUCAUCCACUUCAAUGUGUCGGUAAGUCAAGUCAGCCAGCACACACUGGCAUAUAUGACAGCUGAUCGUGUGUGGUGUGUGAGAUACCAAUAGAAAUGUGUGCGUGUGUGUUUGUUCAGCACGACAAGGACGUGGUGGUGUUGGCGGCCUCUCGCCAGCUGGUGGGCAUUGACGUUAUGAGAAUCGCUACGACAAAAGAAGAGUACGUCAGGGAGGGAGGGAGGGAUGGCACACCAACCUGUUGAUGCCAGUGCCAUGAAAUGCAUUCAGUCGUCCCCUCCGGGACUUCUUCGACAGUCUUCGCGGCUCUUUCAGCGCUCUCGAAUGGUGCGCCAGCACUAUGCCAAAAGUAGGUGCUUUCAUGUGCAGUGUGUCUUGUUAAUAUGUAGGCGUUACAUCACGCAGCCGGCUGGCGAGCGGGACCAGCUGGAACGAUUCAUGGAGUGAGUGAGUGAGCUAUAGAGGGGAGGGAGGGAGGGAUGGAUGUCCCUAUUCUGUUCUGUCGCUGCAUUUGAUUGCGUAUGUGUGUGUAUGAGAAUGUGUGUGCCUGCUGGUCGGUCCUUCCUUGCUGCAGGUUGUGGACGAUGAAGGAGGCCUACGUCAAGGCCAUCGCAACCGGUACAAAUCAAUACACGCGAAAUCAGGUGUUCACCACACCACCGGUGUUUUGACGCGGUCUCUCUUCUCGCGAAUGAAUCACAUCAGGUCUCUAUGUCGAGCCGCUGCGUCUGGAGUGUGUGUCAGAGUGCAACGGCGCCAGUACCAGCAGCACAUCAACGCCACCACAAGCGUCCUUUGCCCUCGGGCCCAUGAAGGUCGAUGGCAAACCACUCGCCGUAAGAAAGAAAAGGCCGGGCGUUUCCAUUCAGCGCUGCACUCACCAUCAAUCCAUUCGUACCGUACGUGUGUGUGUGUGUGUGUGUGUGCGCCAGUCAUUCUGUUUUCGCCACCUGCGGCAGCCCGAUGGGUACAUGAUCUGCCUCGCCAUGGGGCCCCACAAGGCUGCACACGAGCUAUACGGCAGCUUCAUACCCAACGUCCGUCCGUGAGCAGACCUCAUAGAGAGAUCCCAUCCCGCUGGUCUGGCUGCCAACUAACUACCGAUGCUCUGCUGCUGUCAGGAUGUGUUGACGUGUCCGUACGACCCGCCCGCGGCGCUGACCGACGAGCAGGCAAGAGAAGGAGAGAGAGAGAGGGACCAGUCGUCGAUUUGUGUAUGGUAUGGUAUUCAGGUGUGGGUCGAGGCGGUUGACCUGACGGACCUCAUCAACCGCUACACCAUACCUGGGGCAUUCUAGCUAGUGUGGCAGGCACUGUCUAUCGACCCACUCAUCUAUCUACUCUACCUGGCUGGCCCGCCGUCUGUCAGUCAGCACAACAAAGGCUGUGCUGUGCUGUGCCGACGUGGGGCGGUGCGGUGCGGUGCGGUGCGGUGUGAUGCGAUCGGCAUUUGUUCUUUCGUGUCUGUCAAGGCGAUGGGAAGAACGCAUCAGCUCUGCACACACAAUGUGAGCGUCAGGACGAUCGGGUCUUAUGUGUCAUUCGGUGUGGGUGAGUACGUCAUACAUGUCACACAGUCCAGUCAGUAAGGCAGGCCUACCAGCCCAGCCGCCAGUAGCAUGUAGGCACAUGUGACAUGACUGCCGCAG